GCGACCAGGAGCAAAAUGGACCUCCGGACAGCAGCAGCAGCAGCAGCAGCAUCCAGUGAGGACCGACACAGUUUUUAGGGUCCUGUUACAUCCUGGAGGACUCACGGUCAUGACGAAAUAGAAGCAUCAGUUGAGGCCCUCCAGCUGACCUCUGGGCCAAGUCCUGGGCUUUUUUGUUGGUGGGCCAACUGCACAGGGGUGUAUGUGAGUGCGAGGUAAUGAAAUCCAGUAUGAGGCACUGGCGGAGGCUGGUGCUGGUUGGAAUGCUGGCCUGGGUUCUCCUCUUCUUCGCCCUCUUCUCUUACUUCCUGGAUGCUCGUGUGAAUGAGCCCCUGACCUCUGUCGGCUCUUUACUCUUCGAGCACCCUGACACUCGUCGUCUGACCUCGAUACAGGCGUCCCAUCAGCAGCAUGCAGACCUGGGCUCCCGACCUGAACUGGCUUCCACCUUAACUACAACCUACCCUGGAGAUGAGCCAGAGCCGUCUGCCACCUCCACGACCCCGGGGCUCAGCCUGGAGGUGAGCCACAGCCCCAGCAGCGCUCCUGACGCCAUUUAUGUUAGCCGGGAGACCAGCCACCAGGACAGCCUGGACCCACAGAGCCUGGCUGCCUGGUCUUCCUUUGGUACAGAAAACGUGGGAUCUCACUCGGACCCUUCAGUCCAGAGUCGGGAGAGGACUUCUCAACACGGUGGGGAGGAGGAGGAGGAAGAAGAUGAGAAGGACAAUGAAGAAAAUGAGCAAGGACACAGAAUGAGGACUACAUCUGGCAGGAGGGUCGGUGAUGACUCUGCUAAUCUGGAGGAAUAUUACUUCUCCAAGUCGGCCUCUAUGUUGCAGCGGCUGUGGCGGGGUCGCGUGUCCGGCAACAUGCUGAGUCCUCAUUUGCAGCGCGCUGCGAAAGACUACAUUAAUUCCAACAAAUUCCGUGUCUCCUACAAGGGGCAGCGCAGGACCAGCCAGAGUGCUAAAGACGUGCUGUGUCAUAUGAAAGCCCUGGCCCGGCCCAGGACAGUGGACGGGUCGGAGGAGCCCUUCUCCUCACUCGGUUGGACUAGUUUUGUGCCUUCUACUCCCCUGGAGCAACUGCCAGGGCGGCAGGACCAGAGCAGCUACAAGACCUGUGCGGUGGUCGCCUCGGCUGGAUCUAUCCUGCGCUCAGGACUGGGCAAAGAGAUCGACACUCAUGAGGCAGUUCUACGGUUCAACGCUGCACCUACAGAGGGAUACGAGAGAGACGUGGGGAGCAAAACCACCAUCCGCAUCAUCAACUCACAGAUUGUGGCCCAUCCUAAGCAUCGAUUCAAAACAACCUCAAUCUACGAGAAUGUGACUCUGGUGGCCUGGGAUCCUGCACCUUACACCCUCGACUUACACAAGUGGUAUGCCAGUCCAGACUUCAACCUUUUUGGUCCAUACAAGGAGCACCGCAAGCUCCAUCCAGACCAGCCCUUUUACAUUCUUCACCCCAGUUACGUGUGGGCACUCUGGGAUGUGAUUCAGGGCAACACUCAGGAGAAUAUCCAGCCCAAUCCUCCCUCGUCUGGCUUCACGGGCAUCCUCUUGAUGAUGGCGCUGUGUGAGCAGGUGCAUGUGUACGAGUUCAUUCCCUCCAUGAGGCAGACAGACCUGUGCCACUACCACGAGCGUUAUUAUGAUGUUGCCUGUACACUGGGUGCCUACCAUCCCCUCCUGUUUGAGAAGAGCCUGAUCCAGCGAAUCAACACGGGCACCGAGAGUGACCUCAGGAGGAAGGGACGGGUCACUCUUCCGGGCUUCAGCACCGUCGACUGUGACAUCUGAGAUAUGAAACCUGAGCCUCUGAGCCUGAACAUACACACACACUCUGGCCUUUUCUGGCUGAGUAAGGGAGAGGUGCAAUAAAGCCACUGGAGACAAGGAGGCUGGAGCAUAUAGGUUUUAAAUUAGACCCAUGAAGAACAUAAGCCAUAGCCCUCCAGGGAGGGAUCAACGUGGAGGCUUCUGAAAGAACUUGUCUCCACUGAGAUGGUUUACUAGACCAGAGACUGGCAGGAAGAGUCUCCGAGGUGGAGCUGGAAAAAGACGUUUCUCUCUGCUUUAGCUGAGCCACGUUAGCUGUGGAGCUGACUAGGGUAGCAACAGAUCUGUUUUUAGAUAGACGAGUACAUUUUCAAUAACUGGGUGUGUUUCAUUGGUGUAAACUGUGUUUUUUAAAAGUACAGGUGGUCAUCCACUUAAAGGAAAUGCCACUGUUUAUAACGGGGGAUAUUUGUGAUUUUUUUUCUCUCCUUUUUUACUGGUCCAAAGGGUUGUGAUUAAGCAAAGACAUCAUCCAUGCUGAAUGUCAUAAAUGCAACACACACACACACAAAUAUACACACAUCCACACAUAUACAUAGAGCAGCAACUCAUGCAGAAGAACGCACAGUGUGAAAGACAGCUUAGGCGUCUCCACAGAGAUGGAGUCAGGUUGUCACAGCAGUCGUAUUACUGUAUGUUUCAUCGCUCAGCAGCAGGUGUUCCUGUUUGACAUUCCUCUGAUAUCUUCAUGUGCAAUCAGAAGUCGUUUCGUGUUUGUCACGAGGGGUUUAUUUCAAACUACUGAUGUUGUUGAGCUUAGUACAAAAUUACUCUCCUGCGCAUGCCAUUUUGCCGGCUCACUCCCACCAGUCUGUUGCUCCUUGUCCACACGUUUAGGAUGGCUCCUCAUUCAGUGUCAAGAAGCCUGUCUCAGUUAAUAGCCCACAGGAAGUAAGGGCACUGGUUGUCCUUUUUUUUGGAUUCACCCUACCUGUAGUAACAUUUUUUACUGACGGCGCAAUUAAAUCAAAGCAAACGGGGCCAAAAUGGAUCUUCAGAACAAACCGGUGCUCAGAACAGCCGUAACCCUGUGCCUAGUGGUCGAAUGAACACUUUCCUCGGGUUGCCUUGUGACUGUUCAGGUACAUGCAGUACAUACUGUGGCAGGACUGCAGUAACAUGGAGUUUAAUUGCCGCGAGAGGUGUGGAGCAGUUGAUAUUGCUGAAGUGAGCUGUAUCAGGGGAUUCUUAGCUCUGCCUCAGCAAUCACCAGCCCCUGUUUUUGACGGUCAGUUCACUCUUUAUUGAAUGUAAUUUUACCACUGCGUGUAACGGCCAAACCCUCCCCGGAGCUCACCACUGCAGUAUGGGCUGCGUAUGUGCAGGGUUAUUUCUCUGUCAUGUAACAGCACGAAGCUCAUUUCCUCCAACUAUUAAUGUUUCAUACUUCCUGAAUCCUCUAAUAUUGGUCUGUACUCGUCCGCAGCUCAGAGUGGAGAUGGAAUUUGAACUGGUAAUAUCAGCAGAUUUGCUUUGUCUCCAGCUAGGAUGAUUUUUAUACAGUCAGUCAGUGCCACAUCUGUGGUUAUUGGUUCAGUGUUGAGAGGAAGGUUGGUUUUUGCUACAGACAGUCACAAAAAUCUUGCCUAUAACAGAGAUUUUUAUAGCUAAGUGUGCUAAUCUACAAAAUGUUCCUGUGCCAUUGGUUGUGGUUCUAUAUAAGAUGUGAAAACGUGUCUGAUGUAUAUUGAAUUAGAUGGUUCUGUAGUAGUUGUAUGUAGUAGAUGAUUAUGGGGCUUAACAUUACUUGUUGUUGAGUAGGGCUGGGUAUCACCCAAAAUGUGUCAGUACUUCUACAAAGUAGUACUGUGCUGAUACCAAAUAAUAAUGCAUUUAAAAAAAAAAAAAAUGUAUUAAAUUUUUUUUUUUUUUUUUUUUUUUUUACAAGAACUUUUUAUAACUCAGGCAAUACCUGAUUAAAGGAAACAAACACCUGCCCAAGUAUUUUGCGCCAAUUUUUGAUACUUGACAGUCAGGGUGGGCAAUAAAGAUAAAAACGUCUACUAUGGUAUUUUAUAUUACAACAUUGAUACAUGGUGUAUCCUGAUAUAGUAAAUUCUGUAAGUUCUUUUGGGAAACUACAUUGUCGCCAGUUUAUUAGGUACACUUUGCUCAAACUAAGUCCAGUAGACAAAAAUGAAUCCAUCAAAGAGGACCUAUUGUGCUCAUUUUCAGGUUCAUACUUGGUUUGUACACGAACGUUUACAUGCUCUAAUGCUCUGAAACACUUUGUUAUCCUCAAACUGUCUGUGCUAAACACCUGUAUUCACCCUCUGCCUGAAACGCUCUGUUUUAGGACCUGACCUUUUUAGUCCCCCUUCAGACAAGGCCCUGUCUGCUCUGAUUGGUCAGCAUUUCUGGGUCUUUCAUAUCUUGGCGUCUCUGUAUCGUCAUUGCAACCAGGCAAUGACUAUAACGGAGAAUAGCGCCACUUUCUAUUGUAAAGAUCCCCAAUAAAAACUACUAAACACAACUGUUUCAACAUGUUUCAGCAGGAAUAUGAUUUGAAAUUGGGGAGAAUUCAACAAAAUCUGCAACAAAGUUUACAUGUUUUCCUGACAUUACCAUGUAGCUACAUGUAGCCAUCUACCUGCAACUGGGGAAUGACUGUGUAUAGCAGCACUUCCUCUCCCAUUAAAUAUCACCAAUGAAAGCUUCAAAACACAACUGGACAUGUUCCAGCAGGAAUAUGAUCUGAAAUUAGGUAGAUAUUUACAACAUCUGCAACCAAGUUUACAUGUUCCCUGAUGUUAGCAUGUAGCUACAUGUAGUCCACUUGCAGCUGGGGAGUGAAUGUGUAUAUGGGCACUUUCUCCAGUAACAAAUCACCAAUAAAAGCUUCUAAACACAACUGGACAUGUUCCAGCAGGAACAUGAUGCGAAAUUUACAACAUUGGUAGCCAAGCUUACAUGUUUCCCUGACAUUGGCAUGUGGCUACAUGUAGCAGUCUACAGCACUUUCACCUGUUAACAUUCACCAGUAAAAGCUUCUAUACACAACUUGACAUGCUUCAGCAGCAAUGUGAUAUAACACUGGGGAGAAUUUAACAACACCAGCAACAGAGUUUACAUGUUUUCCUAAUAUUAGAAUGUAGCUACAUGUAGCAUUGUAGAAUAUGUAAUCUAAACACUUGCAAAAGCAUGCCUGGAGCGGAUGACCAUAUAAAGAAAUCUGACACAAUCUGCCGUCAUCUUGUAGCCAAAGUAGAAAUAAACAAACAGUAUUCAGAACAAAGGGAUUCGUUUUACAUGUUUAUCUUGUUAUUUGAAAUUUUGGUGGCGUUUAAUAUGAACAUCCGACAUUGUAACAUUAUUUACAUGACAGAAUAUAACAAAGAGCAUAAUAGGUCCUCUUUAAAUUAAAUGGGAGUGGACAAAAUAUUAGAAAUACUUCUCAGAAUAGAUGAUACCGUUCAUGAAUAUAGGAUUUAUUGCAGAGCUGUCGCAUUAGAAAAUGUAACUUUUAGCUAGGUGGCCCUAAACUGGAACCUGAGUGUAUGUGAAGUUAAAAUAACCAGAUGGGAGUGACUAAUUCAGUGAAUUACAGGUAUUUCAUCACAUUGAUGCAAAAUUCUGUAAAUCUAAUAUUGCCACAAAGCAGUUCUCCUCAUUGAUUUGCAGCUAUCUUGGUAGAAACUGUAUAGAAGUAUCUUGACAGUAAAUGGUUUCUUGGUAAAUUUGUGGUCAUGUCGCCCAGCCCUACUCUACAGUUUUAAUACUCUACGCCAUGGAUGCAUUUUGAAUGCGCACAGUAGUUAGGUUUGAUAACCAGCCCCAGUUUCAGAUGGACUGUUUGGCAUGUCAUGUUAAAAGAUUCUUGGAACAAGGAACCCGAUGAAGUCAGCAGCUGUAACAGAGGUUUAAAAAAACAGCCUGAACAAACCAGUUUUUGAAGCUUAUGGAGAUUUCUCAUUCAUUUUGAAUCAUGCAGGUUUUCAGCCCUGCUGUAGGUUUUAUGUUUCUCAGUUGAGAUAAACGAUAAGAUGUUUUAUUGCUUGUGAUUGUAAACACACUGAAGGUGCAAAAACCCUGAACAUAUUGUACAUGUAUAUUUCUAAUAACUUUGAAUUACUUUCAAAAUGCACAGAGCAUGCAAAUCAGGAUCAGGGCUAAGAGUCUUAAACUGUCUGUGCUGUACCGUGCUGCAAGUAGACACCAUUGUCAUUAAUGUCGUGAGAGGCGAUUGUGCUAUAAGAUUUUUUUUUAUUAUUAUUUCUUAAGUGGUGUUUUGCAGAUUUUAGUGCAUGCUUGUUGACGGGGAAAUCACAUCCAGCUGCGGUGCAGCUAAUAAUGGUUCCCUGGGAGCACUUGUUUCAGUGCAAUAUAUUCUGGCACCUCCAUCUUUGCAUCUUAAUAUUGUGCCAAAUUCAUUUUUAAUUAUGUCUUAGCAGGGCGGGUUAAAGAUUCAGAGUAAUAGCAGGACUUCUGAGGUGCUAUUGCUUCUCUCUGGGAAGGUGGAAUUUAAUUGAAUUUUUAUUCUUUGAGACAACAGUUUUAUUGACAGGGUUAGAUACAGGACGAUAUGCUGAAACAUGCGAGUGGUGAGAUGUGAAAACACAUUCGCAGAUACUGCUCAUUAGGUUUUGCCCCCUCAGCCUCUUUCUCGCCACUCUUUACUCUGGAGGCCUAUUUUUCAUGUCUUGUUUUUACUCAGUAUCGUGGGAAUUUCUGCACCACACUGCCUCUAAAAGAUUGUUCAACAUUUUCUUUUUGUACAUGUCCCUCCUGCAGCUUUCUGAAAAGAGGAAGAGAAAAAGAAGUAUCCAUGAUUGAACAUAAAGAGUGAAGGUCUCGUUUCACUCCCAACAGCCUUAGGGUGUUCUCUUUAACUUUGAUUUGUCAGUGAAUUCUCUUCUUACACUUGAACUGAUAUUUAAAUAGACCAUUUGUAUGAUUUCAGCUGUUGUAAAUUGUCUUUUUUUACUGUGUAAAUAAAGCUGUUGUACAUGUCA